ACUCGACACACUUAGUGACGACUGGACUGGACUGACCCACGAUAUAAAUGCGGAUUUGAAAUAUGACCAGUGUUAAAUUUGCUCUAAAACGCCGUACAGCGCAGAACAAACGGGGCAAUGGCGGCUAAAAUGGACGGUAAGAAAUCCAGUGCACGCAAGUUUGUACCGGUUCCCUUCCAUCAAAUUUUCCAAGUAAACCAAUUACUGUUCAGCGACCGUCGACUGCAAGAUUGAAUCGCAUCAAGAUUUGAAAAAAUAUGAGUGGUUCCAUCACUGUGGAAUAUAUGAUACAUUUUCCUGGUGGAGUUUGCACGCAUCAAUUCAGGCAAGAUUGUCAAUCAUUCUGUGAUGUAAUAACAAAGGACUAUAUUUGGCAAAAAGAUAGUUUUACAUUACAGAACUAUAUAGAUGUUGGAGAACUGAAAAGCAUUAAAGGACAGACAGAUAUUGGAGAAAAUAUUGAUGAUGAAUGGUUUAUUGUAUACUUACUCUUUGAGCUUAGCAAAAAGUUUCAAGAGGUCAUUAUUCAGAUAUCAGAUGACGAUGGUGAAUUUCUUCUCAUUGAAGCUGCAGACAAGUUACCAAAUUGGCUCAAACCUGGCUCCAGUGAAAACAGGAUAUUUAUUCAUGAUGGAAAGCUUCAUAUUAUUCCUAUUCCUACAAAUCCUGCAGAAAUCACAACAUAUCCAACAUCUAAACCAACAGUGGCGAAAGCUUACAAUUUGAUUAUGCAAGAAGGAGUCAAAACGUGUGCUUCGAAUGACAUACAAGAGAUGAUAUAUGCUAGAUUAAACAAAUAUCCAGAAAAGGCAAAGCUUUAUCUCCAUUAUGCACAUUGCUUGAUACCAGAUAGUAUUAUUUACAUUUUGAUGAAGAAACCGCAAUUAAUUGCAGCAGCGGUUCAAGCAUUUUAUGAGAGGGAUCCAUUAGAUGUGAAGAUCUGCAAAAAAAUGGACAGAUUUCAUCCUGAAAAUCGUCUUCUUGCGAGGGUAAAGUUCACUAGACAUCUAUACAGUCAGCUUAUGCAAGCUAAGUUCGAACCUGAGAGAAAUAGUCCAUGGCGGUUACCUCCAUUUCAUGACAAACUUUACAAACCUUCAGCACUUGGCUACAAGUUGACAUGUGGUUUUGAAAUAUUAUUAGCUAGGUGCUCACAAGACAGUAAGGAUAGUAAUCCAAGUGGAAGACGAUGGCAGCAGUAUUUAACCAACUUACACAAAAACGACUUUUUCCAGAAUGAGUUGGAAGGUUCAAAACGAUACAUGGAACUUUUAAAAGAAGCCGAAUUACAUUUUAAAGAGCAUUUCUCAAACGAACAACAUAACAACAAUCAAACUAUUCAAGACAUUAUCUCCUUAAUGAAACAAGCAACCAUGCAUAAAGACGAAAUAAAUAAUUUUUGUGAUAACAUUCAAGAUGAAGACGGCGAUGACUGGAUGACGUUAACAUCAGAAGAGCUAGAUGACAUGAUGCGGCAUAUGUGGAAUAAAAAUGAUAAUUCUGAUUCGAUACAGGAUGGAAGUGACAAUCUCACCAAUCUUGUGUCCAGCAUGAAAUCUUUUGUUCAUAAUAUCUCAAGUUAUGAAGGAGCAGAAAUACCAGGCGAGAAGACCGAUAACGUAAACGAUGAAUUAAACUUUGAUCCGCAAGUUUUUAUGGAAUCUGUUAAAAAUUUGUUAGAGCCACCACGAACUCAACCGAACGAUAGUUACCUUUCUUCUGAUUCCGACGGCGAAUAUUCAGAUAACGACAGUUUCGGCGAAACCGAUGCAAAUUUCAUUCAAGAUCCCAUUAUUAAAAAAGCUAUGGAUGAUAUGGAUGACGAAUUGAAAGGCUCCUCAAUUCCGAAAAGUUUUCACAACGCUAGCGUCAAUAAAAACGAAAGUGAAGAAUUGGAUGUGGAUAUCAACCUGGUUAAGAAUUUUCUGGAAUCAUUUUCAAGUCAAGAUGGCUUAUCUGGACCCGUAUCCAAUAUGUUACAUAGCAUGGGAAUAACGCUUCCACCUGAUGACGGUACAUAAGUUAAAGUUUGAUAUCGGUGCCUUGAAGUAUGCUUCAACGUGUUGUUGAGAUCUGUUUACAUCGCCUGCCAUUCGAGUGAAGGUUUCAGAAGAGGAAAAAAGAUGAGAGAAAAAAUAUAAACAUCAGCCGGGUAAACUAGCAUAACCUUAGUAAAAUAAACGUAAAAAUUAUUUCGUAGAUUAUAUCCAAUGUAUGCGUUUGGAUUUUGUAGGAUGAAUAUAAAUGACAAAUACACGUU